AUGAUUAAGCUUCCGGAUCGUGCUAAUCGAUCACAUUGUAGCAAGUUGGCUAAAACAAUGGCAUCUAAAAUAAUGUUCAGAAAGGAUACUGAAACAGAUUUAGCAAAUUCGACAAGUUCAACAUACAAAAAACGAGAAUUAAAUUUAACCGGAAGUGAACUGCAACGGCAGUUUCCUAAAAAACAUGCUAAUGCUAUAAAACAAUCUCGAAAUUUCAUGAAAGAUUUGAGUGAAUCAAAAAGUAACAAAUUAUUCGGAAAACAUUUUGUCAACGUUUGUAACAGUCCACCAAUACGAAAAAGUUUAUUCGUGCAACUAAAUUCGCAAAAUCCAUCAAAAAUUUCACAAUACUUGAAUACUAUAACAUUAACAUCUCGAGAAAGAACUCGAGAAGAUCCAUGGCAAGGAUCAUUAAAAUAUGAUAAUACGGAUUCUCGAGAAAGAACUCGAGAAGAUCCAUGGCAAGGAUACAUUAAAAUAUGA